AUGGCAGUGAAAUACUUCUUGUUAUUUGCUGCUGCUGCUGCUGCUGCCUUUGCUCCUGUUCUGGCUGUCAGACACCUCAAACUACAGAGAGCCCUCUAUAAUAAACUGAUCACAGAGUUCCAAACUGGCCCACAAGAAGAAAUUGUCAAAGCACACAAUGCUUUCAGGAGAAAAGUGUCCCCGUCAGCCAGGAACAUGCUGAAGAUGAGUUGGAGUACGGCUGCUGCUGGAAAUGCCAGAGUGCUGGCGAGAUACUGUGACACGUCAGAGAGUGACCCACUCGAGAGGAAACUGAACAAUACGUUUUGUGGAGAAAAUAGGCAUUUGGGACGUUACCCCUACUCCUGGUCAAAAAUAAUUGAAAUGUGGCACAAUGAAUCCAAACAUUUCACAUAUGGAGAAUGGCCAUCCUCAGAUGAUGACUUUGAAACAGAUCAUUACACUCAGAUGGUCUGGGCCACUUCCUACCUCAUUGGCUGUGAUGUUGCCUCGUGUCGCAGACAAAAGGCCGCUACAUUUCUCUACGUGUGUCACUAUUGUCAUGAGGGAAAUAAUCCUUACUCACUAAAUAUGCCUUAUAAGGAGGGCUCACCAUGUGGAGACUGUCCAAAUGACUGUGAAGAUGGACUAUGCACGAACCCCUGCCCUUACUAUGAUGAAUACAACAACUGUGGUAAGAAAUUGACAGCUAGGGGAUGCUCCCAUCCAUCAGCUCAACUGUUCUGCAAGGCUUCUUGUCUGUGUAAGACCGAAAUAAAAUAA